UACACAUCUACUGAUUAUGUCAGAAUGAAAAGUAAUGCAUUGAAACUAGGUUGUGUGAGUAGUAAUUCCAUUGCUACUCUUAGAUACUUGUCAGCACGUGCUUCAGGUACAGGUAAGGAUGUACAUUUUAGAUUUAAUAGUCAGAAUCCAAAGCCCAUUGUAUUACCACCUGAAACUAUGCCAUCAACACCAUAUCCAGCAGUGCCUUAUCCUCCAAACACCCCUGUUGUAGAAAUACCAGGACCCAUUAUUGAACCUACACUUCCUCAACCUCAACCUCAACCUCUACCAGAUUCCAAACCACCUAUUGAAAUUCCAGUACCCAACAAAAAUACAGUUACAGGCAAGGAUGCACAAGCAAAUAUGGAAGAUGAUGUCCUAUUUAAAGAUAUUGGAAAUAAAGGCAUUAUUACAUUAAAUCGUACAAAAGCCCUGAAUGCCUUAAAUUUAUCAAUGGUUGAAAAAAUAUAUCCAGUACUAAAAAAAUGGGAAUCAUCUAAAGAAUUAGUAAUAAUAGAAGGUGCAGGAGAUAAAGCAUUUUGCGCAGGUGGUGAUGUAAAAUCCAUUGUUAAUGCAUUAAGAGAAACUGAUAACAAAAUUAUAGGUGAAACAUUUUUUAGAAAGGAAUAUAUCUUAAAUAAUCUCAUUGGUACAUAUAAAAUACCAUAUGUAGCUAUGAUAAAUGGAAUAACUAUGGGGGGUGGAGUUGGAUUAUCUGUUCAUGGCAAAUACAGAAUUGCAACAGAAAAAACAUUAUUUGCUAUGCCAGAAACAGCAAUAGGAUUAUUCCCUGAUGUAGGUGGAACGUUUUUCUUGCCUAGAUUGGAAGGCAAACUAGGACUUUACCUUGGAUUAACUGGAAAUCGAUUAAGAGGUGUUGAUGUAUUACUUGCUGGUAUUGCAACACAUUUUAUUCCUUCUGAAAAGUUAUUAGAUUUAAAACAAGAGUUACUAAUGACAGAACAACCUGAUCUUAAGGAAAUCUUAAACAAAUAUCAACCUAAAAAAUUAAAUCAAGAAUUCUCUUUAGCACCAUACAUGGAUGAAAUUAAUAAGUAUUUUUCUGCUUCAUGUGUAGAAGAAAUAAUAGACAGAUUGAAAGAGAAUAACUCAGAAUGGGCUGAAAAAACAUUAAAAAUGCUGUUGAAAGCAUCUCCUGCUUCUUUAAAAGUCACUAUGUGUGCUAUUCAAAAAGGAAGCAUAUUAAAUCUAGCAGAUUGUUUAAAGAUGGAAUAUAGGUUGGCAUGUGCUGCUUUAAAUAAAACUAGUGAUUUUUGUGAAGGUGUUAGAGCUCUUUUAAUUGAUAAAGAUCAAAAUCCGAAAUGGAAUCCAAAAUGCUUAGAAGAAGUAACAGAUACUUAUGUAAAUCAACAAUUUAUAAAACUUCCGGAAGAAAAGGAAUUGCAACUUUGAGACAAUA